AUGGGGGGGGGGGGGGGGGGGGGGGGGGGGGGGGGGGGGGGGGGGGGGGGGGGGGGGGGCGGGGGGGGGGGGGGGGGGGGGGGGGGGGGGGGGGGGGGGGGGGGGGGGGGGGGCGGGGGGGGGCGGGGGGGGGGGGGGGGGGGGGGGGGGGGGGGCGGGGGGGGGGGGGGGCGGGGGGGGGGGGGGGGGGGGGGGGGGGGGGGGGGGGGGGGGGGGGGGGGGGGGGGCGGGGGGGGGGGGGGGGGGGGGGGGGGGGGGGCGGGGGGGGGGGGGGGGGGGGGGGGGGGGGGGGGCGGGGGGGGGGGGGGGGGGGGGGGCGGGGGGGGGGGGGGGGGGGGGGGGGGGGGGGGCGGGGGGGGGGGGGGGGGGGGGGCGGGGGGGGGGGGGGGGGGCGGGGGGGGGGGGGGGGGGGCGGGGGGGGGGGGGGGGGGGGGGGGGGGGGGGGGGGGGCGGGGGGGGGGGGGGGGGGGGGGGGGCGGGGGGGGGGCGGGGGGGGGGGGGCGGGGGGGGGGGGGGGGGGGGGCGGCGGGGGGGGGGGGGGGGGGGGGGGGGGGGGCGGGGGGGGGGGGGGGGGGGGGGGGGGGGGGGGGGGGGGGGGGGGGGCGGGGGGGGGGGGGGGGGGGGGGGCGGGGGGGGGGGGGGGGGGGGGGGGGGGGGGGGGGGGGGGGGGGGGGGGGGGCGGGGGGGGCGGGGGGGGGGGGGGGGGGGGGGGGGGGCGGGGGGGGGGGGGGGGGGGGGGGGGGGGCGGGGGGGGGGGGGGGGGGGGGGGGGGGGGGGGGGGGGGGGGGGGGGGGGGGGGGGCGGGGGGGGGGGGUGGGGGGGGGGGGGGGGGGGGGGGGGGGGGGCGGGGGGGGGGGGGGGGGGGGGGGCGGGGGGGGGCGGGGGGGGGGGGGGGGGGGGGGGGCGGGGGGGGGGGGGGGGGGGGGGGGGGGGGGGGGGGGGGCGGGGCGGGGGGGGGGGGGGGGGCGGGGGGGGGGGGGGGGGGCGGGGGGGGGGGGGGGGGGGGGGGGCGGGGGGGGGGGGGGGGGGGGCGGGGGGGGGGGGGGGGGGCGGGGGGGGGGGGGGGGGGGGGGGGGGGGGGGGGGGGGGGGGGGCGGGGGGGGGGGGGGGGGGGGGGGGGGGGGGGGGGGGGCGGGGGGGGGGGGGGGCGGGGGGGGGGGGGGGGGGGGGGGGGGGGGGGGGGCGGGGGGGGGGGGGGGGGGGGCGGGGGGGGGGGGGGGGGGGGGCGGGGGGGGGGGGGGCGGGGGGGGGGGGGGGGGGGGGGGGGGCGGGGGGGGGGGGGGGGGGGGGGCGGGGGGGGGGGGCGGGGGGGGGGGGGGGGGCGGGGGGGGGGGGGCGGGGGGGGGGGGGGGGGGGGGGGGGGGCGGGGGGGGGGGGGGGGGCGGGGGGGGGGGGGGCGGGGGGGGGGGGGGGGGCGGGGGGGGGGGGGGGGGGGGGGGGGGGGGGGGGGCGGGGGGGGGGGGGGGGCGGGGGGGGGGGGGGGGGGGGGGGGGGGGGGGGGGGGGCGGGGGGGGGGGGGGGGGCGGGGGGGGGGGGGGGCGGGGGGGGGGGGGGGGGGGGGGGGGGGGGGGGGGGGGGGGGGGGGGGGGGCGGGGGGGGGGGGGGGGGGGGGGGGGGGGGGGGGGGGGGGGGGGGGGGGGGGGGCGGGGGGGGGGGGGGGGGGGGGGGGGGGGGGGGGGGGGGCGGGGGGGGGGGGGGGGGGGGGGGGGGGGGGGGGGGCGGGGGGGGGGGGGGGGCGGGGGGGGGGGGGGCGGGGGGGGGGGGGCGGGGGGGGGGGGGGGGGCGGGGGGGGGGGGGGGGGGGGGGGGGGGGGCGGGGGGGGGGGGGGGGGGGCGGGGGGGGGGGGGGGCGGGGGGGGGGGGGGGGGGGGGGGGGGGCGGGGGGGGGGGGGGGGGGCGGGGGGGGGGGGGGGGGGGGGGCGGGGGGGGGCGGGGGGGGGGGGGGGGGGGGGGGGGGGGGGCGGGGGGGGGGGGGGGGGGGGGGGGGGGGGGGGGGGGCGGGGGGGGGGGGGGGGGGGGGGGGGGGGGGGGGGAGGGGGGGGGGGAGAGGCGGGAUGGGCGGGGAAGGGCCAACCCGUGCAUUAAAAUCCCCAGCAAGGAUAACGACAUCCGACUUUUUAGCAUUAUGUGGAGUUGGUUAGUUGUUUAUAUAAUAUUGGGGGGGGGUGUGGAGGGGGGGGGGGGGGGGGGGGGGGAUAUAUAUAAAAAUAUAUAUGUGGAGGGGUGGUGGGGGGGGGGGGGGGGGGGGGGGGGGGGGGGGGGGGUGGGGGGGGGGGGUGGGGGGGGGGUGGGGGGGGGGGGGGGGGGGGGGGGGGGGGGGGGGGGGGGGGGUGGGGGGGGGGGGGGGGGGGGGGGUGGGGGGGGUGGGUGGGGUUGGGUGGGGGGGGGGGAGGUGGGUGGGGGGUGGUGUGGGUGA